AUGGAACCCCGCGAUAUUGUCUAUCUCGCUCAGACUGAGAAUUCCAUCGACAGAUCUGGCGAAGCAAUAAAGCUUAUGAUACAACUAGCAGAAGUAAAGCCGAAUUUUGACCAAAACGAAAGACAAUUGUUGGUCCUUAUUUAUAAGACGGCAAUUGAUCCAAUACGUGAAACAAUUAGAACACUAUCAAUGUACAGAGAUUCUUCUAAAGAAAGUGGACAAUCUGAACAAGCUCAGAUGAUCGAUGAUGUUUGUCAAUCUUCUAUUCAUGAUCUUGAUGAGCUUUGUGCCCAAGGUCUUGAUCUUGUUGACAAAGUUCUCCUCCCAGCGUGCCAAGAUCCAGCUGGAAUUGCUUUUUAUCAAAAACUUCGUGGUGAUUUUUACAGAUAUAUGGUAGAGUUUGCUAAAGAAGACAAGAUUGACGAAAUAAAGAAGAACGCUGAUAGUGCAUACAGUGCUGCUCUUCAAACUGCUACAGAAAAGUUGCCAUCUUCAAAUCCAAUUCGUCUUGGCGUUAUACUUAACUACGCAGUCUUCAAAUUCGAACACGCUGAAGAAACUGGUGCUGCUAGAGAAAUGCUUGUUAGUGCAAUUCAAAACUUCAGCGAAGACUCCAAUCAAUUGUCAGAAUCUUCACAUAAGGAAGCUCAGAACGUUAUUAAUGUUAUGCAAAAGAAUUUAGUUUCAUGGAGUCCCGAAAAUCCAGAAGAAGAAACUGUUGAAGAAGGUGAAGAAUAA